UUGUUACCACUGACAGAUGCGACAGCACAAACUGUUAAGAAAUGAAACAACAGCAGUCACAUCAUCUUUCAUUCUUAAAUUAAUCAAACUAAACCUUAAAUUAAUAAUAAAAUGUUACUGAUUUGAAUUCAAUAACUUAAAAAAACAAAUGAUGCUUUGAGCUGAAAUGGAACAUAAUUUGAGUUGUUUGGACACAAAAAGCAAAGCGUUUUAAGGAAUAGAAAAGAGGAGAAACUAAAUGAUUGCUCACAUAUUUUUACAUCCUCCUGUCAUUGUAAAACUGCUGAGAUUUGGAGAUCAAAUAUUAGAUAGGAUGACUUUUAGAAAACAAACAAAAAGAAAUGUAACAUUUUGUUUCAGCGUAUCUCUGCUGCAGUAAAAGAACAAUACCAUGGCAGUCAUAUCCCUGACAGGCGUGUGCACGCUCCUGACCACAGCUGUGCAGCUGGACUGGAUUGUGUUUGUUUGGGUCAGAGUUUAAGAAACAUUGCGUACUUCCCAUCAGAUUAUAACACCAUGGAGCCCAUCCAGUUCUAUAGUGUCAAAUUGACAUUGUAGGUCAGGAAGGUUGUAAGAGAGAGGAGGAGAGAUGAAGUCAACAAAGAGAGAAAGAAAAUGUGAGGAUGGAGAGAUGGACGUGGUAUGAAGGGGUGGGAAGUAACAGAUGGACUUGGGAGGAUUAGAGGGAAAUCUGGGUGAGUUUCUGAUGGAAACCCGGAGGAAGGAGUAAUGAGAGAACUGAGAGGAAAAGUGAGGAAAACCGAACCUAUGAUUGAUGGAAGCUGAAGGAAACAGUGGAGCACUGCCAGAGUCACUGCAUUGGUGGUCGUCUGAAGACGGCAUGACAGUCACAGGGCAUCAAUCUCCCUUCCACCUAACUCAAGAUUAAAACAGAUUUAGCAGGCCCAGAGGCAGUUCCUGGACKUUACGAGCUCGGUCCCUCCCUGGGCGGUGAGGGGACAGGACCAGGAGGAGGGAUGUGCUGUGAGGGGGGGAACUGAUCACACUGAGCAGAAACGAUUAGAAAAACAGAUUGAUCUGAGGCGACUGUGUGAAACAUGGGUUAAACAAGUUGUUGCUGCGUUCUGAACCCCAGAGAAACAAAGCUCCUAAAUGUAAAUCUGAUAACCUACUUUGUUUGUCUUGUAAAUCCUAAUUUUCUGCGACUGAUACCACAGCUGACACUGCGGUGUCCUUAGAUGAGGACACAACAGCUGCAACACUCGGCCUGCACAUCUGCCUCCUCUUGAUUAAAUCYCAGCACUUCAUCGGUCUUUACUCCACUGUCCCCUGACCUCUGCUCAUCAAAUAUYCUCCUUCCUCAAAACCUGUCCUCCUUUCAUCACUUCUCAUCGUCCCCUCUGAUCUUUUCACUUCUCAAAUGUCCCUAAUCUUCCCUUCUGGCCUUUUCUUUUCUUUCCCUUCCYAUCACACACCGUGACUCAGUUUCAACUUCUCAGGAGACGACUCAGCAGCUUGCCUGACUGAUUCUAGAUUUCUCUUGGUUUUAGUAAAAGCCUCAGCCCUCUGACUCUCAUCCCAACUGGUCACMAAGCUCACUUUCACAGUAACAAUCCCACCUGUCAGAUUUCAUCUCUGGCUUCUGUCAAGUCAAAGCUCAACAAUGCUGGAGAAAAUGUCCCGACGGAACCGCACCCUGCUGUCCCUGGGUCUCACCUCUCUGGCCCUCACCUUGUCAGUCUCGGCUUUCUGCACCUCCUACUGGUGCGAAGGGACACACAAGGUGGUGAAACCGGUCUGCUUGUCUCCAGUCAAGAUGAAAAACUGCGGGAAGAACAACAGCCAGCCAUAUACGACAGAGGCUCCCACCCCGGACCCCAGGAACCCAGUCCCCAACGUGACGCUGUCCCCGCAGCAGAAAGCAGAACUGGCUGAGCUCAGGAAGAAGCAGCUGGCCAACGCCGUCCAUUACCUGUGGGAAACAGGCGAGGACAAAUACAUGCUGAGAUACUUCCACACUGGAUUCUGGCUGUCCUGUGAGAGACACAACGAAGGUGAUGAUCAGGUGGAAAAAUGUCGCAGCUUUAUUGAACUAACACCAGGAGAGACACAAGGCGUGCUGUGGUUUUCCGUCAUCAGUGAGUUCAUGUACAUCGGCCUGCUUGCAAUGGGCUUCCUGCUGAUGUGUGUGGAGGCCAUGUGCCUCUGUGCAAAAAAAGAAAUGAGCUCCUUAAAGAUCAACGCCUACGCUGCCAUGUGCACCAUUCUUUCAGGUAUGAUGGGGAUGGUAGCUCAUAUGAUGUACUCCACAGUGUUUCAGAUGACUGUUAGYAUCGGGCCUAAAGACUGGAGGCCGCAGUCCUGGGACUACGGAUGGUCGUUUGCCUUAGCAUGGCUUUCCUUCAGCUGCUGCAUGGCAGCUGCCGUGGCCACACUCAACUCCUACACCAAGACCAUCAUCGAGAUGAAGCACCGGACCAGGCUGAGGCUGGAGGAGGCCCGAGCUGCCACCAUCGCCCCCUCCUACGAGGAGGUGGUUCAAGGUGAGGGAGGAGGGAUCUACUCUGUCAGUCAGCUGAUGCAGCUCGGCCAGCAGGGGGUKCUCGUAGAUCCGACGUGGCCCAAGGGUGUGGGACCAGCGGUCGGACCUUUGGCGUGUGGCGCUGGGGGGAAGAUGCUGGGYGGGGGAGGAGUUGGCGGCACUGAGACUGGGAUGGGUGGGAURGGAGGAGCUGGAGGGAAUGUGAUGGGAGUUGCCGGGGGGACAAUGGGAGCAAAAGGAGGAGGUGCAGGGAGGAUGGUGGACUCUCACGGUGUGGUGGUUGUGGAAGGAUGCGGCACCGAAGGAUGUGAAGACUGUGAACGGGAGAUGGAUGAGAUAGAUUACACUCUGCAGGAGGAGAGAGAAGACUCAGUCUGCUAAUGCUGAACACUACGACUCAAAGAGCUUUCAAAACUAUUUGCUGCUUUUUAUACAUGAAAAUUGUCUAUUUGUUUGCAAAUAAAUGCAUCAGGUUUUUCUUACACUGUGGUUCUAUGGCUGCUAUGAUGAGAUCUGAACUAAUCAAACCAAGACUUCCAAUGAUGUGGGUUUACCCACAUGAACAUUGCAGAACCAUCAGAGAGACAGAGGCUCUACAGGACAGAAUAGAGCUUUGCAGGCUCCAAACCUCACUCCAUGCAUACUCACCAACUCCACUCUGUGACUUCCUCUGUUGCUGAGGUGUCAGAGGAUCAGCUUYAUGAUGCAGGGAGAAGCAUCUCAAACCCAUCUUUAAAAAGUUCUGUGAAAGCAUCUUUAGUUUUACUACCAGUGGGGUAAAUAGCCAAAACAUUCACAACUCAUWUGACUCAUAUUUUGUUCUGUUAUGACAGCAGCUUUAUGAUGUUUUUCACAUUUGAUGAGCAUAACUCCAUCACUCAGCUCUUGUUUUCUCAGACUCAACGUGUGCAUGAA